AUGGAUCCUACCGCUUUGGCCCAUUCCACUGAAGCUAGUAACACAACCACCCAGCAAGGGGAUGGCAGCCAAAGGGGCCUGCCUGUGUCUUGGAUGGGUGACCAGCUUCCUCACUCUGGCUCCCGCCACCUUCCCGGGACUGAGACAGAAUUCCCCUGUGCUGAGCGUUCCAGGCCACUGAUCCCCUUGCUCCCGGGAUCACCGGCGGAGCCCCCCUGCACACCUGUGGAGGCGCGGCGUGGCGGGACGGGGGGGGGGGGGGGCGGCUGCAGCCCGGGGACGACCAAGAGGAUCGGGAGGGUGGGGGUGCUGGAGGGCAGCCGCAGCUGUGAGCCCGGCCGCCCGGGGCAGGUGCGGCCCCUCGGCGUCGGCUCUGGAGUGAAGAGCGCGGCGGGCACUUCCGGGAGGGAGGGUCUGCACCUCGGGGCUCGCAGUCCCCACGCGGAGUGUGCAGCUGCGGCGGAGGAAGCGGUGUCGUCCCCGCGCUCGGGACCAUGCGGGUGCCCGUCGGGCCGGGCGGGGUCUGCGCUCUUGCUCGCUGGGGGCCUCCCGCAAAGCCUGGGACAGAAGUGUGGGAUCCGUGCGGUUGAUGUGACAACAGAAACUGUCUUGGAAACUGGGUUCUUCCUUAGAGUUACUGGUUGGAGAAAUUCAACAGUCGGCGGACAUCCGUGGUGGGUCUCCCUAAAAUCAGGUGAGCACCACUUCUGUGGAGGAAGCUUGAUCCAGGAGGAUCUGGUUGUUACCCCAGCACACUGCCUACUUGGCCUCAAUGAGAAGCAAAUUAAGAGCCUGACUGUGACUGCUGGGCAACACAGCCUCUCCCAGAAGGGUGUACACGAACAGAAGAGUCCUGUCUCAAAAAUUAUUAUCCAUCUUGAGUACCACAGACUUGGACAUAUGAGUUCUAAUAUUGCACUACUCUACCUAGAACACAAAGUUGAGUUUGGAACUGCUGUUCAGCCAAUCUGUCCUCAUAGAGAUGAGAACUCUGAAGCAGGGAUUCUUUGCAUGACCAGUGGAUGGCGCAAGAUCUCAGAGACAUCAGAAUAUUCAAACGUCCCGUGAGAAGUAGAACUUCCCCUCAUGGAUGACAGAAUGUGUAAUAGUGUGCUCAAGCAUAUGAACCUUCCUCUUCUGGGAAGGACAAUGAUGUGUGCCACGUGUCCAGAUGGGAAAAAGGAUGCCUGCCAGGGAGACUCUGGAGGUUCAUUUGUUUGUAGAAGAGACAGUGGAAUCUGAGUCCUUAUUGGGAUAAGUUCUUGGAGAGCUGUUUGGACUAGAGAUUGGACUUCUUUAAGAAAAAAACAUAAAAGGGUAUCGCUGGGCAUUUUCUCCAAGGUGUUUGAGUUGAUGGAUUUUGUCACUCAGAACAUACUCACAGCUUGUAGAUCUCAAGGAACCGUGUUAUUUGGAGAAAAUGGCAAGAUUCGUUACCCCCAUUCCGAAGAGAGAAGAUUUUCUCGUAAUUGCUUAUGUAUGUGGAGAAUAACAGUACCAGGAAAUAAAAUUAUCCUGGUAAAAUUUACAAGCUUAGACAUACAAAAUAAAAUUGGAUGUGACCAUGACUAUAUAUCUUUACAAUCGAGCAAUGGAGUGCUUAUUAUUAGUAAGGUCUGUGGAGGUCUGUUGCCUCCAUCCUUGUUGACAGAGACCAAUGAGGCCACAGACAUUGUUUCUAGGACAGGAAACAAUGGCAGCAGGUUUGAGCUGACCUUUACUGCCAUACAGAAGAACUCAGGAGCAGGCCCAGGCAGGGGGAGUGUGGCUGCACUGGUGGAAGGAAGGACAGUUCACUCUGUCGAUUAUCCUGACUUGUAUCCCACAUGUGUAAGGUGUCAUUGCUUCAUUCAUGCUCCAGAGAAACACAUUGUACAAUUGGAAUUUGAGGACUUUAUCACUGAAUUUAGCCAAAACUGUGUUUAUGAUGUGGUUGUGACUUACAGUGAUCCUGAAGAGGAGCAUGAAUUAUCUAAAUUUUGUGGGAUUUUUAACUUUACUCCAGUAUUCAGUCCUAAUAACAUAUUGGUGAUUCACUGUAAAAGUGAUGGUGAAAAUACCUUCCAGGGCUUCAAGGCUAGAUUUAAUUUUUUGCUCUCAACCACGUUGGAUCAACAUCACCCCUCCACCCACCCCCGAGUCAAUCCCCUGUCUUCUGCAAAAGCUAUUCUGUGUGGCAUCCCUCCAUUUAGUCUCCAGUGGCUUUUGAGAAGAAUUGUAGAGGGGGACGAAGCCUGCCCCCACUGCUGGCCAUGACAGGUGGACGUGAGGUUCCUAGGCAGUCACUAGUGUGGAAAGCCCAUCCUCAACCCUACUUGGAUUCUGACCACAGCCCACUGUGUGCAAUCGAAAAAUAAUCCUCUCUUCUGGACCAUUGUCACUGGACACCAUGACAGAACCCUGAAGGAACCAGUUGAGCAGGUGAGAAGGGCAAAACGCAUCCUGGUGUGAGAAGCCUUUGGUAGACGGAAUCAUAACUCUGACGUCGCCCUGAGAGAGCUGAGCUGUCCUCUGGAGUUCAACUCCAUCGUGAGGCAUGUAUGUCUCCCACAAAGCAUGGAGCCGCUCUUUCCCUCGAAGACUUGUGCUGUGACUGGUUGGGGGAGACUUAGUGAAGACAGCAGCCUAGCAAGGAGCUUCCAACAGAUCCAGGUGCUUGUGUUGGAAAGAGAGGUCUGGGAACGUGCUCACGCCUCUCACCCAGGAGGGCUCACGGAGAAGAUGACGUGUACUGACUUAGCAGCCUCUGGAGGGAGAGACUUCUGUCAGGGAGACUCUGGAGGCCCAUUAGUAUGUAGACAUGAAAACGGUCUCUUCGUCCUAUAUGGCAUUGCCAGCUGGGGGGCUGGCUGUGCCCAGCCAGGGAAGCCAGGUGUAUUUGCCAGGGUGAGUGUCCUCUUGGACUGGAUCUAAUCCAAAAUCAAAGGUCCUGUUUCACUUCAGAUAAGUAAGGAAAGCAAAACAUUACCAAGACGACAGUUGCCACCACCUACUUCAACAGACGAUGCAUCUGGACCAGGUUGUUACUCUGAGGUGGAACUAGAAGAGCCCAGAGGCUUUUUUUUUUUUUUUUCAACUCCAGGAUAUCCAGUGGAUUAUAGAGGAGAACUGAAAUGUUCUUGGGUGCUCAGGGUGUCCCCUAGCAGUAUGGCAAAAUUGACGGUUCAGUACCUGUCACUGCCUUGGUCUCCUGUGUGUCCAGAUUUAGUUAUGACUGUUUAUGAAGAAAACCACAAUGACAGAAGGGUGUCUGCUUUCAGAGGGCUAAAACUUUCAUCUCCUCGUCCGAACACUCUCCAGUGUGUGGAACAACCCCUAGUGACAGUGGUAUUUUGUUCAUUUGUGCAAGGUGCUUUGGGCAUAAGUUACAUUGUUUUUAGAGUCAAAGGUCCAAAGGGCAGUAAAGCUACCAAACUUCUCCAGAGUUCAAAGCAAGAACAUACAGCCACUUGGGAGGAUGUUAUUCUGACUAAACCAGGAGGAAUCAUACAGAUCCCAGGGUAUUCUCACAGAACCACUGUGAGUUGCCACUGGAAGUUAUUAGCCCCUUUACAUCAUGUUGUUUGCCUUGAUAUUAUCAUUCCGAUGAAGCUGACACCCUUGGCCUGUCACGGUCACAUGUGGAUUUAUGAAGGAUUGGUUCAUGCUAGGAAAAAGGAAAAAGGUACAGAGAAGGAGUACACCAUCAAGAAAACAAACACCUUUCCAAGAAUCCCAUAG